ACCAUUUGCUCAUGUGCUUCCGUGUACAAAGCAAUACCAUUUCUUUUCCCGCAGCAAAAACACAGAGAGACCAUUACCAGCAGACAUCAAAGCUUCUCCCGCAGGAACAGAACAGAGCAAUGGUUGUGGUGUCCAACCCGGCAAUGCAGCACUUAUCCCCUUACAUCCUCAGCCCCAACGCCGGCCUGCCCGCCCAGCCCCAAAUCCCCCUCAUCGACCUCUCGCAGCCCGACGCUAAGCACCUCAUCGUCAAGGCCUGCGAGGAGUUCGGGUUCUUCAAGGUCGUCAACCACGGCGUCCCGCUCGAGUUCAUCUCCCACCUUGAGUCCGAGGCCGUCAGCUUCUUCUCCCUGCCCCAGACCGAGAAGGAGAAGGCCGGCCCCGCCGGCCCCUUCGGCUACGGCAACAAGAACAUCGGCCGCAAUGGCGAUGUGGGGUGGGUCGAGUACCUCCUCCUCAAGACCGACCCUCGCUUCAAUUUCCACAAGCUCCCCUCGGGCUUCGGCAAGAACCCGGAAAAGUUCCGCUCUGCCUUGAAGGAUUACAUAUCGGCGGUACGGAAGAUGGCAUGCGAGAUUCUCGAGCUCAUAGCCGACGGGCUGAAGAUUCAGCAGAGGAAUGUGCUGAGCAAGCUCCUGAUGGACGAGCAGAGCGACUCUGUUUUCCGCCUCAAUCACUACCCUCCCCGCCCGGAGCUCAACGAAGCUCCCGUCAAUGGUGGCGGCGAGAGGAACCUGAUCGGUUUCGGUGAGCACACCGACCCUCAGAUCAUCUCCGUUCUCCGAUCAAACAACACGUCCGGCCUCCAAAUAUCUACCAGAGACGGGAGUUGGAUCUCCGUUCCGCCCGACCAGACCUCCUUCUUCAUCAACGUCGGUGACUCUCUACAGGUGAUGACCAAUGGGAGGUUCAAAAGCGUGAAGCACCGAGUCCUGGCCAACGGCUCGAAGUCCCGAGUCUCGAUGAUUUACUUCGGGGGGCCGCCACUGAGCGAGAAGAUCGUCCCCCUGCCCUCCCUCAUGAAGGGCAAGGAGAGCCUGUACAAGGAGUUCACCUGGUUCGAGUACAAGAAAUCUGCAUACAACACGAGGCUCUCCGACAACAGGCUCGCGCACUUCCAAAGGAUAGCGGCUUCAUAGUUAGCUGUCCCCUCCGGAAAUCGCGGAGAAUUCUAGGAAACGCGUGGUGUUUUCGAUCACAUGGUUUAGAAGGCUCUACAUAGGUAAAAAGUAAAACAAAAGGUGUUGUCAGAUUCCCUAGGUUUGGUACUUGGUACAGCUUUUGUACUGGUACGUCGGCGUUUUCCUUCUAUAAACUAAUGUCUGUAAAGCAGAAAAUCAAAACGUGCAAAGCUAAGUUCGACUACUUUGAAAGUCAACUGUGCAAUAGUGGUAGUUCCUACCAUCACGGUGGAUUCCGAGUUCGAUUUUCA